AUGGCUAUCAAGCACAACCAGCAGAUUCAGAAGAAUCACUUCCACAAGGACUGGCAGCGCUACGUCCGCGUGCACUUCGACCAGCCUGGGAGGAAGAAGUCCCGUCGCAAUGCGCGGGUCCAGAAGGCUGCGAAGGUCGCUCCUCGUCCAGUCGAUCGUCUGAGGCCAGUCGUCCGUUGCCCCACCGUUAAGUACAAUAGGCGCGUACGUCCUGGUCGUGGUUUCUCCCUCGCCGAGCUGAAGGCCGCCGGUAUCCCGCGCAAGCUGGCUCCCACCAUCGGUAUCUCCGUCGACCCCCGCCGCCAGAACCUCUCCGAGGAGAGCCUCAAGGCCAACGUGGAGCGCCUUCAGGAGUACAGGAAGCGCCUCAUCCUCUUCCCGCGCCGCAACGGCAAGACGAAGCAGGGUGACGCUUCCGCCGAGGAUGUCAAGGCCGCCAAGAAGGGCGAGAACAUCAUCAAGUCCACCAGCGAGAUCCUGCCCAUCAAGAACGUCGUUCAAUUCGAGGAGGGCCCGAUCGGCAACUACGAGGCCACCGAGAAUGCUUACCGGAAGCUCCGCGAGGCCCGCUCUGAGGCACGCCUUGUUGGUGUCCGUGAGAAGCGUGCUAAGCUCAAGGCCGAGGAAGAGCAGACCAAGAAGAAAUAAGCGUCCAGUCGGGCCCAUGGUUCGGUGUAGUGGGACUUCAAAAAUGGUGGGAACGGUUUGGCGAAGGAUAUUCCCUGCAUGGGCGGCGUCAAUGGUUAGGUCUUUGUCUGCUAUGACAGCACGUGAAUGAUAUCUAGUCCUCCACAAUCAAACCGCCAUUGCCCAUGCAUAUGCAGCUUAUCCUGUCGUAUUAUACAUAGCCUUCCUCGAUCGGCUCAUCUUGUUUGCAGAACCAAUUCCUUGCAGCAAUACCACCAUAUUUUCCUGAAAAUCUCUGAUCGAUCCACUAGGCUUAUCCAAAUCUUUCAUCGAAGAACCGAAUCUUCGUAUCCAAGCUCGGAUGCCAGCUUCACUGACCCAUCACAUCCUGCCACUCGACCUUUUCGUCGACGAACCACUCAUGAU